UUUAUAGACUCAAGCAUCGACGAAUUCGAAUCGCCCACGAUGUUUGCCGCCCGACAGGUUACCCGCAACGCCCCGCGCUUCGCUGCGCAGCUGCGCACUCCCAUGCAGCGCCGCUUUGCCAGCACCACCGAGAACCAGUUCAUCGCUGAGCGCGAGCACAUCAAGGAACACGCCAAGGGCACCACUGAGCUCUGGAAGAAGAUUUCCAUCUACGCCGUUGUUCCCGCGCUGGCUAUCGCUGGUGCCAAUGCCUACUGGCUGUGGAAUGAGCACUGGGAGCACUGGAGCCAUCUUCCUCCUCUGCCAGAGCGCACCGAGUAUCCCUACCAGAACAUCCGCACCAAGAACUACCAGUGGGGUGACGGUGACAAGACCAUCUUCUGGAACGAAAAUGUCAACUACCACAACAAGGACAAGACCAAAUAAGCUGGAAUAAUGGCUCCCGGAGGAAAACUGCUGGUAUUUGUAGAUUACCCUUUUUGGGACCGCUCUGUAUAUUUCUCUUGGAGCUUCAAUCAAUUAUACUGUGGCUGAGGAGUGAGAGAUUAUUUUCUGGCGACUGAGCUUGAACUGCAGUGUUUUGCAAUGUACAUUAUUCCCCUACAUCCCUAGGUACCGCACACGUCCAACACUUCUCGACG